UGAUUUGAAACAUAGUUAACAAGUUGCUUACCCACCAAGAAAACUUAGUAAAAGUACUUUAUACACUGCUCUCUGCAAUCAUUUAUAAUAACUUGCUUCAAGCUUCAUAAUACAUCAUGGCCGGAUCAUCCUCCAAAACCCCUCGUUUCUUAUUGAAACGUAAAACCAAAUCCAUUGACUCAGAUUCAGCUAAAGCCAAGCGAAGUCUAUUCACCACUCCUGAACCUGACAUAGAGGAUUAUGGCCAUUUCUUUGCUUCAAAGAAUAAGAAGGUAGCUGACACGUUUCUGGAGAAGUAUAGGAGCAAGAGGGGCUUGUUUGUCACCGAUGUUAGCAAGACAGAAUGGUGCCAAAAGCAAAUGGAGUUUUCUCUCUUCUUUGAUGAUGAGGAAUGCAAUAACAACAACAAUGAUGACAAAGAAUGCUUCAGCUUCGUUUAUGAAGGAAGAGCAUCAGGAACAGGGAAGAACAAUACCCAUGAUCAGGCUAUGAAAGCUGGCAUCGAUCGCCAUGUUGAACUGCGAGACGAGGUUCUGAAACCAGUGAGAGUGGAGGUGAAGUCAAGAGAAGAUUGCAUGGCACUGAAACUUGUUAACUUCAUAAAUGGCGUGAAUCAGUUGUUGUUUGAAGGACUCACCCGCGAGCUUCCAAUAGUAAGCUUUGCUUUCGAACAAGGGAUAUGGAUGGUGGGAAGCAUCGACGAGGUUCGAAUGCAUAGCACUGAUCACAAGUCAAUACUCGUUGAGACGAAGACUCGAAUCAGCGACACAGUUCCUUCAGAAUCACAGAAAAGAAACGGUAGGAUUCAGUUGAUGUGUUACAAGUAUUUAUGGGACAAUCUAGUUUCCAAUCCAUUCCCUUUGAGAGAGUUCUAUGAUUAUUUCGAUUUAGAACCGCAGCGAGCAUUGUGUGAAGAUCUGAAGAAGGCAUGUUGUUGUUCUGGUUUCAAUGCAGUGACGCUUAAUGAAGUGGUGGUGUGUUACCAAACAGCGUGUAAGAUGAUGCCACGUGCACAUGAUGAUGAGUUGGUGCUUAGAUAUGAGUCUCAGAGAGAUAAGUCACUGGUGCUUGAUGAAGACAAGUUUGCAUACAAUUAUGGGUGGUUAAAGAGUGAGAUUUCGAAAUGCCUUCAGUUUUGGCUUCAACAGAGAGAAGCUAGUUUCGUUGCUGUGGAAGACCAAUGGAAAUGUGCCUACUGUUAUUUUACGUCUGUGUGUCCAGCAUACCCACAUGACACUACUGAUGAUGAUGAAUGAUGGCUAUUGGAAAGAAUAGAUAAACAAUAAAAAUAUUAAACAAUGUAAAUAAUCGAUAUAU